AAUUAGUCUAAUUUAAUUAAAAAUGUCUAAACUCAGAGUGCUUUGCCUUCAUGGCGUCUACAACAAUAUUGAAGUUAUGAAGCACCAAUUUGCUUAUUAUGAGUACCUCUUCAGUGAUUUCAUUGAGUUUGAUUACCUCCAAGCCCCUCAUGAAUGCGAUGAGGUUUAUGAUCCUAAAAUUGCAGAGAAAUUUGACGGACCUUUCUACAGAUGGAUUAAGUAUGAUGCUAAGAAUGACCUUUGGCACGGGCAUAUUGAGAGUGCAAUGAUAAUCAAGGACCAUUUUGAGAAUAAUGGACACUAUGAUGGAAUCAUUGCAUUCUCACAAGGCGGAUAUAUGACUAGAACUAUGUUGAAAGCAGUAGAAUGCGGACUUCCAGAUCUCCAAAUUAAUCCAGGUUUUGUAGUGUUGAUUGGGUCUCCAAUUCCUCAUGACAAUGUUUUUGGAGAUUUAAAUGCAGGAGAUUACAAAUGACCUGUUCUCUACAUAUUUGGAGAGCAUGAUGAGAUUGCUAAUGCUCAAAAGAGAGCAAUAUGCCCUAGAGGAGACACUACAACUAUUAUACAUGAAAAAGGACAUGUCAUGCCUAAAUUUACUGGAGAGCACAUGGACACUUUUAUCAAUUUUUUUAAUAGGUUUUACGAAGAGAAGUUUGACAAGCCAAUGACGUUUGAUUUCUCAAUCGAUGAAGAAUUCAAACAAAAUUUCAUUGAAAACAACAAAAAAGGAAUUCUAAAAAAUAGCUCAUUGCAUAAAAUCUAAC